UGAAGUUGUGGCGAUCGACGACGACAACGGCAACGACGACGACGACGAUCCACAAGGCAGCCCAUAAGCCAAACGCGACUCCAACUUUGCACACGCGCUCAUCUUCAACUCUGCCGCUUACAACAAACAAUGCAAGGAAAUUAAGCCGCAGCAGCCACCUUUUGUUAUUGUCGUAGUUGGUGUUGGUGUUGUUGUUGUUGUUGUCACUGGGCAGGUAUACAAAAGGAAAAGCCGACAGACGGAUCGAUAGAGCGAUCCUGUUGUUGACACACGUACAAAGGGCACUUGUCAACUGGAGACGCCAACAGCGAGCCAUCAUGAUCACUUUUGCUCCAUUUGUGGUGAUGUGUGAUGAAUGAUGAGAUUGGUGAGCCAUCAUUUAUCAAAGGGAAAACCUUAUUUCUAAUGCACUAUAAACAGUGGCAACAGGUAAACGAUACACAUACAAUUACAUACAAAAUAUACGCAAUCGAAAGUGUUCCCAUUGCAACGCACAAUCGUCUUGGGAUCAUUGGCCAGCGGCAACUCAUCGUCAGCAGUCGCAGAACGCAAAUCGGCUUAAGCGAUGAGUGAUCAACUGCUCAGUGCUGCCGCGGACGAUCCUCCAGCCACACUCUUGCCCACGCCCGUUGCACUGCCGAGCCCCUAUGCGGAUGCUGAGUCCAAUGAGCAGCCGGUGCUGCUUGAACUUGGCGCCGCCACGCCUACAGCCAGCUUGAACUACACACUGGCGCCGGAUGGUGGCGGUCUCUUGACCUAUUCGACGCCACAUAGCCUCUCCUAUUCGCCCACUUUGAUGACGAGCUACGACAAGCCGACACAUUCGCAUUCACAUCCACAUCCUCAGCACUUGAUGACGCCCACCUACAGCAUAAGUAUUCCACAGACAGUUUCCAUGUGGCCAGGCGGCGCUGGCGGCACUGGUGCUCCACUUGUUGAGGGCAAGCGCAACGACCUCGUCUCUGUGCCGCCACCCACCUACAUGACGUACAGCGCCAGCGGAGCCAUCGAGGUGGAGAUUGCCAAGGAACAAAAUCCUGCUUGGCGUGAGAAGGCGCUCCAAAUGGAGAAGGACUAUCGACGCACGGCUUGUGAUCGGGAACGAACUCGGAUGCGGGACAUGAACAAGGCAUUUGAUCUGCUGCGCUCCAAGUUGCCAAUUUCUAAGCCCAAUGGCAAGAAGUACUCCAAAAUCGAAAGUUUACGCAUUGCCAUCAACUACAUCAAUCAUCUUCAGGCCAUGUUGCGGGAUAAUCAUGUGAUGCCCGAAACGGAUCUGACCUCAUUCAAAUGCAGCAGCAGUUCCUCUAUUCAUUACGAAGUGCAAUCCCAUCAUCAUCAUCAUCAUGCUGCCAGUUACGACUACGACAACAGCGCUUCGGCGGCAACAUCAUCGCAAAACGGUUGCAACUGGAGCGGCGGCAGCAGCGGAUCCCCCAGCUAUGAAACGAAUGCCAAGGAACAUUGGAACACGUAGCGGUUAAGGGUCAACACAGUUAAUCCUCCAAAUUGCCAAAGAACUAGGAUGCAGUUACAAUUGUGUUGAUUUCGGAAAUAUGUAUUUUUUCUAUACUUGCAAUAAAAAUUUCUAUAAGAUA